CACAACCCAGCAUCACCCAAGCCGUAACCCACCAAUACAACCUCAAAAACCGGACCACCAACUGAAUUCACUUUUAAAUCAACCCCACCAAAAAAGCGAAUAAAGAAGAAAGAAAGAUGGCACCCAUCCGCGUCGCCCUAAUCGGCCUCUCCUCCCCCUCCAGCCCCCAAGCCACCACAGGCUGGGCCGCCAGCGCCCACCUGCCCUACCUCCUCUCCCCGCGCGGCCGCGCACGCUACCAAAUCGUCGGACUGCUCAACUCAUCCGUAGCCGCGGCCGAGGCCGCCAUCAAAGCCUACAACCUCGACGCGGACCCGAACUUGAACCACCAUGGUGUUGUACGCGCCUAUGCCUCCCCCGCGGAUCUAGCUGCCGAUCCGGAGGUUGAUCUCGUCGUGUGUGCCACACGCGUGGAUAAGCAUUAUGCUACGGUGAUUGAGUCCCUAAGGGAGGGGAAGGAUGGGUUUGUGGAGUGGCCGCUUGCCGGGGAUCCGGAAAGGGGGAGGGAGCUGGCUGAGGAGGUGAGGAAGCAUGGGGGGAGGAGUAAGGGGGUGGUGGGGCUGCAGGGGCUGAAGGCGCCUGUGGUGGCUGUGGUAAGGAGGUUGUUGGCGGAGGGGAGGAUCGGGAGGGUGGUUAGUUCGGAGUUGAGGGCGUUUGGUGGGCUCGGGGAUCGGGAGAGUUUGCCGGUGGGGUGGGAAUAUAUGACGCAGAGGGAGGUCGGUGGGAAUAUGGUGACUAUUGCGUUUGCGCAUUUGUUUGACAUGGCCCUCUCCGCCCUAGGAGAACUAAAGCCGGGCUCGCUCAAGGGCGACCUCCACCUGCAGCGGCCCGAGAACCCCCUCAAGGACCCAACCGGCGCGGUGGUCCGAACCGUCCGCUCCGACGUCCCAGACCUGGUCUUCGUCGCGGGGAAGUGGCAGGAGUCGGACAUCACGCAGGAGAACGCUACGCUACACUUGCGGCUGCGCCGCGGCCAGCCGUUCCCGGGCGACCCCUGCGUCGUGUGGACCAUCAACGGCGAGAAGGGCGAGAUCAGGAUCGUGUCGCAGGACAUGGCGUUCAUCCAGCUUGGCCCGCCCGGCGAGUCGCAUGUCAUUGAGGUCCACGACUUUGAGACGGACAAGGUGGAGAAGGUCGAGGCCGCGUGGGCAGACUGGCAGAAGGAGCUGCCCUUCCUCGCCAGGGGUGUGGGCGCGCUGUAUGAGGCCAUUGCGGACGCCAGGAAUAAAGGAACCAGGGAGGAUUACGUGAAUUUCGACACUGCGGUCAAGAGGCUUGAGACAGUACAUGGAUUGCUGGAGGAGUGGGUGCACGCGCAGUAGAACGGGGAAUGUGCCGUCUAGACUUGGGUAUCUAUGUUCUAUGGUCUGAGUCCUGAUCUCGCACCUCUCUAUUAUCCGGCAAUGGAGUUUCUAUGUCCCGAACCGCCCUUCGUGGUGUCCGUGCCACUGUGGGAUCGCAUACCGAAG